CUCGAAAAAGAGUGUGGUUGGUUGAGUGGGAACUCAGCAUCUCAACUGGAAAAAUGAUUUCGAAUGCAUGUUCCAGGGAUGGAAGGAUGAAAUUGAUGAUGAGUAUGCCUGGACCAUCCCAAAGAGGAAUAUAACCAGAGGAUCAUUUUAGAAUUCUAGAGAUACUCACAGAAUCUCCUCACCUUCUUUGUCUCUUUUCUGGAGAUAGAAAGAUAUCCUAUCUGAACUGUCCUUGCUCAUUUCCAUAUACGUUUAAUCAACCCAGUUACCACCAUGAAUGAGGAACCAAUGAAUUCAAGCAACUUGGACUAUCCAAAUGAUUAUAGUACAUUCACUCCCAGUAUAGAUUAUAUCAUUGAGGAGGGAUUGUUUUGUUUUUUGAAGGAUGUCAGAGACUUCACAACAUUAUUCGUACCGAUCACAUACUCCUUUAUCUGUGUCUUUGGCCUCCUGGGGAACAUUUUAGUGGUGAUCACCUUUGCUUUCUACAAGAAAGCCAAGUCCAUGACUGAUGUCUAUCUCUUUAAUAUGGCCAUAGCAGACAUCUUAUUCAUCCUUACUCUCCCAUUCUGGGCUGUAAAUCAUGCGACAGGCUCAUGGAAGUUCAGCAACCUUGUAUGCAAACUGACUACAAGUAUAUAUGCCAUCAACUUUAAUUGUGGAAUGCUUCUCUUGACCUGUAUCAGCCUGGACCGCUACAUUGCUAUUGUACAGGCAACCAAGUCUUUCAGGCUUCGAACCCGGACAUUAGCAUACAAGAAGAUGAUAUGUUUGGUGGUAUGGCUGUUCUCAAUCAUAAUCUCUAGUUCAACUUUUAUAUUCAACCAAAAAUAUACAACACAGGGGAGGGAGGUGUGUGAAGCCAAAUACCACACGACCUCAGAGGCAGUCAAAUGGAAAAUACUCGUCCUGGUUCUCCAGCCUCUCUUUGGUUUCUUUAUCCCUUUAGCGUUCAUGAUAUUUUGCUACACGUUCAUUGUCAAAACUUUAGUGCAGGCUCACAAUUCUAAGCGGCAUAAAGCCAUUCGCGUGAUUAUCGUGGUGGUCCUUGUUUUCUUGGUCUGCCAAGUGCCCCAUAAUAUGGUUCUUCUCGUGGUUGCGAGCAAUACCGGUCGGCUCCGAUCCUGCAGUAGUGAGAAGCUCAUAGCUUAUACAAGGAGUGUCACAGAAGUCCUGGCUUUCCUGCACUGCUGCCUCAACCCUGUGCUUUAUGCAUUCAUUGGGCAGAAAUUUAGGAAUUACUUUCUGAAGAUCAUGAAGGACCUGUGGUGUAUUGGCAGGAAGCAUAAGGCAGCAGGCUUCUCUUGCUCUAAGAUCUAUUCAGAAAAUUACAUUUCUAGACAGACUAGUGAAACCUAUGAGAAUGAGAAUGGGUCAUCUUUUACUAUGUAGUGCACUACAGGUAAAAUAAUUGUGAUGGGCAUUGGAAAAUGAUGUCAAAGGGUUUCCUUAUCAUCCAUUGGAUGACCAAUUCUCAAUUGUUUAGUAGUAGAAGGAUAGCAUGGAUCACUGAAAACCACAGGAAAAAAAAAGAAACCAAAAGACCGAAGCCUAUUUUUAGUCAAUUGGUUAAAACCUCUUAGCUAAACAAACCUUCUUCAUGUCGACCAGUGGACACAUUUAUUUGCUUUAGCUUCCAUCUCUUUAAUUCCUCCACCCACUCUCAAGCCUGUGUUAAAGUUAUGAAGCUAAAUGGUCAAAAGACCAGCAGUAGGAAGAAGGAAGCAAGCAGCUUGGAAUAUCUGAACUAGAAAAAUGGCUCCUGCUGGAAUAAGAAGUGGUUAUGUUAACAAUAGUUCAUUGAAUUUUAUAUUGAGAGCUGGAAGGAACUUUAGGGGUCAUCCAGCCCAAACCAGUAAUAUAAAAGUGUGGAAAUUGAGAACCAAAGAGAUUGAGAUACUUGCCUAAGAGCACACAGGUAACACAUGUUAGAACUGCUAAUCGAACCUAGCCCUCUUUCCAAAGUAGUUCAUUGAGCCUCUGUGGAUAAGACAGUCAAUAUUGUAGUGGACUGAAAACAGCUAAAACUAAAACAAAAAACAAAACAAAACUUGGUAUAGAAAGAACUCUGUUUUCUGUGGUUGAUACCUGUUUUAUAAGCAAUGAGGAAAUUGGCUAAUGUUACUACUUUUAAAAACCUUAUGUUCUAAUAGGUUUAAAAAAACAAACCUUAGUUUUACAAUUAAUGAAUUUUUCUGAGGUAGGGUAGAAAUAGCUUUUAUUUCCUCUAUAUCACGUAGUAGAAAGACUGGGGAAUUCUGAUUAUUCACUCCCCCCAAGUUAGUCAUUAUAUAUGUAAUUUUUGACUUCCUAGUGAUUCUUUGAAUGAUCUUACUCUGAAAGAGAAGUUUGCUCUGAUUUAUCUUCAUUUACUCUUUCCACUGUCUGAGAAAUUACAUAAUCCAAAUGUUUUCUUGAAGUAGUAUGUAGA